UUGUUUGUCCUUUGAUGGCAGUGUAGAUUGGCAUUGAAGCCCGAUGGCCUUUUUCUUGCACCAGUUAUUCUCUCGUGUGUGCUCCAGUGUUGAUAAUCUUUUGGGACCAUUUUUUCCGUAAUUGCUUAUACAGAUAUGUAAUUAGUUGCACAUACAUACAUACAUACAUGAUUCUGGGAGGAAAUUACUUUCUUUGAUCUGUUCUUUAUAAAUGUUUUUUCACUGCUUAUUUAAUAUAGAUAUUUCAUUUCUUGCAUAAGCAUAUAUGAUUCUGUGAGCAAAUUAUCUUCACUGGUCUGUUUUAGAGAGAUGUUUGAUUAGCUGCACAACAUACAUAGUUCUGUUAGUAAUUUGUUUUCCCUGGUUAUCUUGAUAUUCAGUUCUGUUGGUAACCGUUUGCAUGGUGGGUCAUGUUAGCAAUGGGUAUAAGGGUAUCCAGUGCCCAACCUUUAUAUUUUUAUCAGGUGUAUUCACCACUAUGCAUGUGUAUAUGUUGUUGGCCUAACUGUAUACAUUUUGUUGGUGUGAUGAUUCGUCCUCUAAAAAUUUACAUUGUGUCCUGUUGUGCUAGAUGUUUGAGGUUUGGCUUUAAAAAUAAGCUAUUUCUAACGGAAGGUCAAUGGGAGAAAAAGGCAGUGUAUACAUUUUAUUUGGAGCUUAUCUGUGACCUUGCGCACUUAUCUUUAUAUAUGCUCUUCUUCAUAGAUAUCUUCCUGAACCAUGGUGUCCCACUGCACUUGAUCCGUGAGCUGUAUGAGACCUUGCACAACUUCAAAAUUCGUGUUUCAGAUUAUGUGCACCAUAGAAAGAUAACUUCCACCAUGAAUGGACGCUUUCCAGAUGCUACAGCAGAUGAGCUUAAUGUGAGUGAUGUUACAUGUAUUAUCUGUCGUGAAGAGAUGACAACAGCAAAGAAGCUGCUUUGUGGGCACUUGUUUCAUGUGCAUUGUCUGAGGUCAUGGCGAGAGCGCCAACAUACUUUCCCCACAUGUAGAUCUCCCAUUGCCCCCCGGACAAUGGACGUGAUCCAUCAGUGCGACAACAUGAAGCUCAACUAGGAGUUAGCUUGCUGCAGGCAUUGGUGCUCCAGGUUCAGAAGGAGUAACAAGCAAGAACGUGAACAGGAGCCCCACAAAACUUGAGGCCUACGUGAACAGGCGCCCAACAAAAAAGGCAAUCUUCGUUGAAUGUUGUAACAUAUUUACAACAAGUUCUCAGAUUUGGGUGGAAUGUGCAUGCUUUACAGUUACUCCCUCCGUCCCAAAAUAAGUGACUCAACUUUGUACUAGCUUCAGUACAAAAUUGAGUCACUUAUUUUGGGACGGAGGGAGUACCUUGCAAGUGUCGUGAUGUUACAUAGAUAUUUUUGUAUCUAUAUGAAUGUCAGACCCUGUGUGAUUGAUCUUAUUUUAUUCCUAUGUGAGAACUAGCUCUCCUUUAGUAAUUUAGUACUUUUAUACUAAACUGAACUAGGAAUAGUUUGAUUGUGCUCUAUAGGACAGUGUGAUUUCUUCUCAUAGAAUGUUGUCAUCUAUAUCUUGUUGAAUGUACAUAACUAUAUUUUGCAUGAUAAUAUGUUUUUGUUGUGCCAGUCAUAUAAGUUAUUUAUUUUCUACAGGUUGUUACAUCUCCAAAGAGGAUUCCAGCAGCAAAACUUCAUGGUCAGCUUGAAUGGAAGUUGUACAAAAAAAUGCCUGGGCGUGCAAGUUUUAUGUGAAAAUGAUGCGCCGGUGGUUGGAAGAAUGGAAAAUCAGAUGGCUGUCGGAUUGCAAGCACAUAGGGCAUUUCUUAUGUGGCAUACAGUUCAUAAAAACUUCCUGAAUUGAGUGUUUAUUUUCAGUUCUAUGCUUUGUUAGACUACUAGAGCUAGAGAUGCUAAAAUCCUAGAUGAUGCUAGAUGGUGUAAUGGCAUUAGUGCUGAAUUAUAUUACAAAAUGUACAAAUUGGAUAAGUAUAACAAAUCUCAAAUCUAUUAGAUUUGUAUGUUUUUAUUCAUAAUCAUCAGUCUACAAUCACCACUCUGCUCUGGCUUUCACUUUGCAGCCCUCGCUCAAGUCUUACUCUGCCUCGCCUAGCUGCCACUCUCUUCUAGAGUGGUUGUGCCCCACCAUGCGCAAGGUAUUCACCAAGAACCAGAAGGUGCUCUUUGGACACCAUGGGAUGCUAAGGGCUGCAAGAAAUAAAAUAGUAUGUUACAUUUUGCCUACAGUUCUGGUUAAAUCAUCUUGGAUGAUCAAUCAAAUUUCCGGUGAUGAUACCCUAGCGGAUCAGGCUUUUAAACCACUAUCACUUUCCUGACAGAAGUUGUGCAUGUAGUACAGGUUUUCAGUUCAGCAAGCUCUUUUUUAGUUAGAGAUCAAUUUUGAAGACUAACAUGUCAUAUGAAUGCUCCCAGCUUAGCAAAAGCCUUGAUCUUUCCAAUUUUGUAAGUUGAGGGAAUACUUUGCUACUUCAAAAUCUCCAGAUAAAAGUUGAAGAAUUCAUACGAUAGUUGAUUGGAAACAUAUAUCUAGCAGUUCAUUUUUUCAUGCGCACAAUGGGAUAAAUUGAUGUAACACAAGCCUUUACAACUUAGUGCUGUUGUUAUUAGAAUCAGGAAACUUGCUUUGUUA